AUGGCUGUUAUUGACGAAAUUACAACUCCAGAUGAUUAUUCCGAUUGGAGACCAAUUAUGGUUAUUGUUAAUCCAAAAAGCGGCUCAGGAGCUGGAAAAGAAUUGAUGCGAAGAUUUCGAAGCCAUUUGCAUCCCACGCAAAUUGUCGAUGUACUUAAAUCAAAUAUUGCUGCUUCCUUAAGAUGGAUUGACGAAAAUCCAAAUAUCAAUGUUAGGAUUUUAAUUGCUGGCGGAGAUGGAACCAUUUGUUCAGCACUUGACCAAAUUGACGCUCUGACGCGUAAAGUGCCAGUGGCUGUCUUACCACUUGGAACUGGAAACGAUCUAUCUCGAAUGUUGAAAUGGGGGAAGAAAUGUGGAGGUGACAUCAAUGUCACCAAGCUGAUGAAACACAUUCAAGAAGCUGAAAUCGAAUACGUCGAUCGCUGGACCAUUGACGUUGAAACUCAAAAAAAAUUGGGAGUUCGAAUUCAAGCCAAUAAAAAACUUUCAAUGACCAAUUAUGUAUCAGUCGGAGUUGAUGCAUGCGUCACGCUUGGAAUGCAGAACACGAGAGAAUCGAUUCCGCGUGCCAUGAGUAGCCGGUUCCUCAACAAGUUUUUGUUUUUCACUUAUGGCACUAAAGACGUUUUCGAGCGCGUUUGCAAGGGCCUCAAUGACAGAAUUGAUUUAUAUCUGGACGAUGUUCUUGUCCAACUGCCGGAUGUUGAAGGACUUGUGUUCUUGAACAUCCCAUAUUGGGGCGCGGGCGUGAAACCUUGGGAAGCAUUCAAUGAGACUCUUCCACAGAGCUGCGAUGAUGGAAAAAUAGAGGUCUUCGCGGUGACAUCUUCAUUCCAUAUUGCGCAGAUGCAGGUCGGUCUCGCGAAUCCAAUUUGCAUUGGUCAAGCAAAAGAAGCGAAACUUGUUCUCAAAGGGAAUGGAAUCUUCCCCAUGCAAUCGGACGGAGAGGCAUGGGUUCAAUCAGCUGGAACAGUGAAGAUCUCACACAAAUGUCAAACUGUGAUGCUUUCAAAAAGCGAAGAUAAAAGUCGUAUGGGAUGCGGAAUGUUCUUUUGA